AUGGCAUCAAAUCUCACCCCAGCAUUUGCCUACACGGUUUUGUACGUGAAGGACGUUACAAGAUCAGUAGCUUUCUAUGCAAAAGCCUUUGGUUACUCUGUACGCCGCUUAGAUGAAUCGCACAGAUGGGGAGAACUCGAGAGUGGACAGACAACGAUUGCCUUCACCCCUCUGCACCAACACGAGACCGAUGACCUGACUGGUUCGGUCCAGACACCCAAGUCCGGCAGUGAGCGACAGCCGUUUGAGGUUUGCUUUGCUUAUCAAGACGUUGAUGCUGCAUACAAGAGGGCAGUGGAGAAUGGUGCAGAGGCAGUGAGCGAGCCAGAGGAUAAAGAAUGGGGGCAGAAAGUUGGGUAUGUUCGUGAUAUAGACGGGAUUGUUGUCAGGCUGGGUAGCUACGUCCAAGCACCGAAAAAGGGUUGAAUAAUUUAAAAAUGAGAAAUUUCAACAUUUUAGCAAAUAAAGAAUGUAAUCUCCUAUGCCUCCUUAAUGAAGAAAACAUAGUGGCAUGGCAGGUUUGUAGUAAUUGAAAAUAAACAUUUUGUUGCUAAAGAAAUUAGUUCUGAUAACAAGGAACUAAAAAAAACA